AAAAUACAGCUCUCUCUGCUUUGCAUGCUGGCCCUCUCCGGAUGCUCUUCACAGCCAGCCAGCCAGCCCAUCUGCCUCGCCGGCUCUGCCCUCCCCUACCCUCCUCUCCCCUGCCCCUGCCCUGCCCUACCCUGCCCUACCCUGCCCUGCCCUGCCCUGCCCGCGCCCCAGCUCCCAGGUUGGACCCCCCCCCUUGACACCUCGGGCGCCAGUUUCCCAUAUAGUCUACCAUUGGCAACGCCACUGGCCGGCGCCAAACUGCUUCUUCGACCUCGCCUGUCAUAUAUCCCUAGGCACCAUUCCAGAUCGCCAGCCUCCCACCACCGUUUCUCCCACGCCGGCUCCCAUAGCGAAAAAAAGAGUACUCCGGUGCCCAGCUUCAUGUGGUCAGAUCAAUUGCGGCUCUCUCCACCCCUCCUAGGCAACCCAUCUUCCCGACACGAACGCUUAACCUUGGCGCCGUCCUAACAGGGUGCUCUAGAACCUCGAUUUUUUUUCUCCUUCUUGGGUCUUCCCGUGUGUUGUAUAUCGCGUGGUCCAGGACGUCCCAGUGCUUCGCCCUGUACCGGCCAGGUCCGUUGGAGAGGACAGACGCGGCUGCUUGCAUACCUUUGAUGCCGUCACACACUGCGCGAGCAAGCGGCACCCGUCCGGGAUUUCUACCUUGAGCUAGAGGCCUUGUUGUGUCCAGGCGUGGUCGGACGUGUCUAGCUCUCUAGGCCACCGCUACAGCACUACGACUCGGCGCUCCCUGUCUUUUCGCCCUAGAACAUCCCCACGGGUCGCUCACACGGCUGGCUCUUGGAGCAGAGCUGGAGGGAAACCACUCUUGGGUCCCUUCUCAUCGCACGACCGGGCCUUUUUCUCAGCCGUUAGAGCUUGCGCCAGGGUCUGCCUAGGACCCAAACAACCGGCACAAUUACCUCUCUACAGUCCAUUCUCUCCCCACCCGACCCGUCUGCCGAUGAAACGGCCAACACGCCUUCCGGCCCGUCUGUUCACUCGACACCGAAGCGAAAGUUCGAGGAGGCUUUCAUUGCAGGGUCUGGAGAGCCCCCGUCGGUGCCUCUGACCCCAACGCUGCCGCCUCCGCCGCCGACCUACCACAACCACUCCAUCAAGGGGUUCGUACCGGUCGGCGGGCCUGGACCAGGGCAUGGGCAGGCGUAUGAUGAGAGCAGAGGGAGUGCAGGAUUUCCCGUGAUGAGUGCCGUUGAUGACAAAAAGACUGUCAUCAAGCGGCAGCCCAUGCGAUCGAGCAUAGCUUGUCUUCGGUGUCGAAAGUCCAAGAUCAAGUGCGACAACGACGGAGGCUCCUCACCGUGUGAGACCUGUAUCAAGCAGGGCAAGGACUGCAAGUACCCAGAUGCGACGCCGAUUCCGCCCAAGCGGAGCGAUCCUCCUACUGGCAUCAAGACUGAACGCGACCCUGUUUCGGACCGGAAGCGCCUCAAGAAGAUUGAAGAUGUGGCACGAGCAGAAGGCCAGCACUCGGCUGCAGCUCAUGCUGACGAGGUUUUGUCUGCACACUACCUGACACCGAAACUCUGGUCAGAAGUCUUCGACAUCUACAGGCUCCACUUCGCCACUGAGUUGCCCUUUCUUCACGUCCCGACUCUCAAGGAGAACAUGGGUAAUAAGUUCAGAGCCAACCAGAAGGACGCAUCACCGGACACUAACCUGGUAUUGCUCGGAGUUCUAACCCUCACGGCCCGUUUCCAUCCGGACUUGGUCAAAUAUGCCACACACACAGCCAGUUCACAGGCAGGCUCGAUCAAGAGCCGGCCUGUCCAGACCAAGCCAGACUCAUCUGCUGCGUCUGAGUACUUUGCUGAGGCUCUGCGGAAGGCUCUGGGUCCGCUGGGGACGACCAUGACCACGGCGUCCGUAGAGAGGGUUCAGGCGUUUUUGAUGUUGGGCCUGUACGAGUGGAGUCAGGUGCAGCCAAAAACGGGCGGUUUGGGAGCGUGGAUGUACGUUGGCGUGGCCAUUCGAAUGGCUCAGGCCCUGGGCCUAGGUUUCGGAGACAAGGACGACCCCAAGUCUCGCAUGCGAGCAGCAAAAGCUAGCAAAAGCUUAUCACCCAAGUUGCCUCCAUCACAACCUGAGCUGAUGAUAGCCAAGGAGAUCAAGAGGAGGACGAUGUUCAGCUGCCUCAUUCUCGACCGACUGCUUGCUUGUGGGAAGGAGCGUGUGCCCACUAUCCGGUCCGAAGACCUCCAAAUCCAGCUACCCUGCAACGAGUGGGCAUUCGACCUAUCCAAGGACGUGAGGACCGGCUUUCUGAACGCCUCCCCCGAUGAUCAAGGCCCCAGAGACGCGGAGGAUGACAGCGUGCUCAGCAGAUUCGUGCGGUUGGUGGACCUCUGGGGUGAGAUCUCCAAAUUCAGCUUCGCUGGUGGCCGCCUGGUAGAGGAGUACCCACCAUGGGAUAAAAGAACCAGGUUCUGCCAGCUCCGGGAAAAGCUUGAAUCAUUCUAUUCCGACCUCCCUUCGACAUUCACCCUCUCCACCUCAAAUUACCACAGGCACGAAAACCACCAGGCUUCGAGCGUGUAUGUAUCUCUGCAUAUGCUUGGUAGUGUCUGUCAAAUUAUGCUGCAUCGCGAGUACAUCCCUUUCCUACCGAUUCGCUGUAACGGUCCUGUUGGCCCAUUGGAUGAGCCGACCUUUCCAGCUGGCGAAUACGAUAUCCCCAACGGCUUUUGGGAGCGAAGCGCAGAGCAGGUCUUCAAAGCUGCCAAAGACAUUGUCGAUGUAAUCGAAAUCUGCCGUGAUAAGCUUCCGAUGUCCGCACUGGUGCUAUUCACAAUCUGGACAGCAGCCUUUGUCGGGCAAUAUGCAUGGCAUUUUCCCCACAUGGACCAGCAAAGACACAUGCUAGUGGAUGACGAUGAAGAAGGUGAUGGUUCGGAAGGCGAGUUGGACAUGACGAAAAUCGGCCCAACCGGAGUCUGUCACCAGACCCUUGUGCGCUUCUCAGGGUGGCUCAAAAUGGCUUCAACUUAUCUUGGUUAUUUCAAGGACCUCGACAACUAUAUGGCCAAGAUUAAGUUUGAAUAUCACGCGCUCACCCACGGCGGCAGCAAACCCGGAUCCGCUCCUCAGGACGAUGGCCGACACCCGAUCCAUGGCGGAGGAUUGGCGGAAUGGAAAGUACAGAAUGCGAAGAUCAUCAACAAUGGCAUGAUUAUGGCCGAGGAUGAUCGUCACGGACCAUACGGAUGUUCAGAUCAGUCGCGAGCAAGUCCCCCGAAGCGCGAGUCUCCCCCAGGGCAUGACGUUCACCUUACGGAGAAGACGCCGCGGUCAAUCCCGUCCAUGUUCACCGCCAUCAACAACGCACCCGCGGGGGGACGCCAUGAAUUACCCGCGUCAGGCCCGUUAACAAAAUUCGACGGCACCGCCGGGUCAGAUUACACGAGGACUGGGUCCAUGGUGCAAGGAGAGCAGCCGUCGCCCCCGCCUGUUCACCCCCUGUCUGGGCCGCACGAUCUGGAUUUGAUUUCCGGGGCACAUUUCCGAGAUUUCCUCAGCGAGAGCGAGUCCAUGCGGAUCGCUGAGGCGCUGGAGGGCAUCGGAGGGGACAUUCAGGGCUUCUCUUAUGGGGAGAUACCGGAGGCAAUGCUCUUUGGGCAGGCAUUGCCAGGGCUGGCAUUUGGGACUUCGGGCAAAUGGCAACUGGCGGAGGAGGCCGAGACCGGAUGACCUCUUCAUAUCAGAGGGCCGCUUUCUUCCCCAUAUUCUUUCUUACUUCUCUAGGCAUCUUCUCUGGGUGGCUUUUACGGUGGACCUUUUGGGAGGCAAUGUUAGCGAUCCAUUUCCAUCACAAUUUUUGUUUUUGAAAAGAAAAGUUCCCGCUUCAAGGGCCGCAGACUUUCUCGGGCGAGCGAGCAUUUUCCUCGAUGGAACCACCAUUGUUGCGAGGCAUUGGGUAUCUAGACGAUGGCUGGGGUUCGGGGAGUUACCAUACCUGCGUGAGUGGGUUUUUGGGUUUUUUUUAAGGGAAUUCAGCAGAGAGCUGUCGUCUCUCAAUCAGCCCCGCAGGCCAUGCCAAGCUGGAAUGGCGUUCAAACGCGCCUGCUGCUAUGUUUAUGGUGCUGCACCACCUGCCUGAGCUCUGCUGUGGUUAGACGCCUAAUACCUGGUGAAGUAAGGACCAACAGGCCGCAAUACCCAGCAAUCUACAAAUCUUAUAUCCCAGUUCUACGGCGGUGGGGCCAACCGAUCUAGAACCUGGGCGGAGGAGAUGCUCGUCCAGGAUCAAAGAACCAAGGGCAAAAAAUAAGAGAGAAGAACAGGCCUUCGACCGCUACACAUUCUUAGUCUUACCUGAGAAAUUCGGAAACUACACAGUUGAGCAAACCCGCUACCACGCGGUCGGAUGUCGAACCGUCUAGUCUCGCUGUAACUCGUUCAGAAGCAGUGGUUGUUCUGUAGUCAACAACAUCAGCGGUGUCACUGUCAGGUU